UAUCAUAUCAGUGCUAUGAAACAAGGUAGGACAUAUUUUAAACAGAAUAACCUGGCAACUCUUUUUAUGCGAGGGAACAUCGCCUAUCGACUAUCAAUAUUUCCCGCCAGGCUGCCGGAUCGUCUGGAAUAAAUAAUAACAAAUAAUAGCGAAAAUCAAUGGACGACGGUGAGCUGAUAAAAUUAAUAGAGACCCACCCGAUCCUCUACGACAAGGACUGCGCGAGGAGCGUGAAGAAUGCGACGCAAAAGGAUGCGGCCUGGAAGGCCAUCUCCCAAAAGUUAGGAGCCUCGGAACGGGCGUGCAUUACUCGCUGGAAGAGUAUUCGCGAUCGUUUUGGGAAGGAGUUUCGCCGUUUCCAGGAGCGUCCGGAUGAGCCCACCUACUGGGACAUGUUUCCGCGACUGCUCUUUCUCAAGGACCACUACAAACAGGGACUGGCAAGGAACGAGAGUCUCGACGGGAUGCGUUUUGAGCCAAGAGAGCGGAAAAAGCGCACAAAAGUGGACAUGGAGCAGGAGAAGAGGAGGAAGGACGAGGAGGAGGAGGACUCUCAGGAUGACAUGCUGAACGAGCAGCUCAUUGAGCUGGUCAAGUCCCAUCCCGUGUUGUAUGAUCGCCACAAGAUUAGAGUCUCAAAGAACCUAGCAGCGAAAAACGAGGCCUGGCGAGAGAUCUCUGAAAACUUAAAUGUGUCGGAGGAACUUUGCUACAACCGCUGGAAGAAGCUACGCGAUCGUUUUGCCCGGGAAUACCGCAGUCAUCAGAUCAACCAGUCCACACCCAUCACGUGGAGGUACUUUAACGAGCUUCUCUUUCUGGGCCGCCACUUUCGCAAAGGAGUGCCGCUAGUUUUGGAGAACAUCAAGCGUCGUGGAAGACCUCCCAAAGCAGGAAAUCCUUUGGGAAAGACCAGCAAGCAGCCGGAGGGUAUGGUGAUCUCCAGUGGGGAGCAAAUCUGGGGCGCAGACUACCCCUACAGUACGGACAACGACGAGCUGGAGGAUGAUCUUGAGUUGGCCUACGACGAAGAGAUUGAGAUCCUAUCGGAGGCGGAGCAGGCAACGCCCUACGACUUUAUCCUUAGCGAAGCAACGCCACCGCAGGUUUUGGAGCCACCACAACAGCUCCAGGUUACCACGACCACGCCCGCCACCAGUGAGGAAAUAAUUCACACAAUCGACAGGGCGAAUGCUGUUGUAGAGGAGCAGUCCUCCUUAACUGAGCACUCUAUACCGCCUGCCGCAACCUCCGAGAAACUAUUGACCACCGUGAUCGCCAACAUGGAGACCGUGCUCCAGCAAUACCGGGAGCUCCAGGCCCAGAUUCACCACGAGCAGGAGCAGGAGCGAGAACAGCGAUGUGCACCGCCUGCCAACAGCCUGCUUGCCAAGGCUCAGAUGCUGCUGGACGGCCUGAGUCCGUUGGAACGGGCCAGUGCCGAGCGGAAGAUCGUGCAGUUCCUGUGCCAGUGCCAGAUCAAGGCUUUGGAUGGCGAGGAAAUCGAGGAUGUGGCUCCUUGUCAGGUCAUUAACUGAAACAAGGUCCAGGGCAGCUAUCUAGAGAGUUGUAAAUAUAGUUGUAAACGUAGGCUAGCAGCACAAGUAUUACAAAUAAGGGUAUUUAUUGUAAGCAUGAAAAUAUCUGUAAAUAAAUAAAUUU